AUGAAAUCCAUCGGGGCUCUGAAUUUGUUGCGUUUAAUGGAAAAGCAAAAAGAAGACAAUCAGCAGUUGAUGCGUGAAAUAGUGAAAGAAGUUUCGUUGGAAGUGGAAAGGCUGAAGAUCCAAUUGGAUUCUCUACAGAAAACUGAAAGGCAACAAAGCUACGCUGUGCCUCACGACUUAGAAAAAUACCGCGUCAAAACUGCCACAUCCACGCCGACAAAAGACGGCGAUAAAGUUGAUCCCAACUUUUCCACCAUCAGCGAAGUGGAGCAACCGAGUAUGUGCCAAAGAACCCGCAUAGAUGAAACAGUAGGUGCAAAAUCGCCAAUAAAAAAGAGACGAAAAGCUGAGGAUUUAGUGGAAUUGAUUUCGAUGAAAAAAGUUAUGGGGGCUGGACAUUUUUUAGAUGGUUGUUCGAUUUUUAUGGUCGGUUUUAGUCCAACUAGGCGAGACAAGCUUAAUAAAAUCAUAAAUAUGAGUGGGGCAACUCGUUACGAUGAUUUUUCUGAUAGUGUUACACAUGUAAUUGUCGGAAACUCAAUUGAAUUGAGUAAAAUAAAAGAAAACUUUGCAGGUGGAUGUCAUUUGGUUACACUCCAAUGGCUUUUGGAUUCAGUAGACGAGCAAAAACCUGCUCAAGAAAAUAAUUAUCGUGUUUUGGAUUUAGAAACAACUGAUGGUAAUUUGACUCAAGAAGUUGUUAAUCUUUUUACGGAGGAAAAAACAACUGAUGUUGAAAAUGAAGAUGCAUUAACCCAAAAAUAUUUAAAAACAAUCGAAAAUGUAGAAGUGGAAGAUACUUUAGCUAAAAUGUUAGAAAAUCAAUCAGAAAUUUUCAAAAUGCACUCAUUUCAGCCUCAAAAUACUUCAACGCAAAUUUCCCAAGCCACCACAGAUUUAUCGGAAAGUAGCAUGCAAAUAAAUAUUUUUGAAGGUUUGAAGUUUACUUUGCAAGACUUCGACAAAGAAAGUUAUCAAGAAAACAAAAACCUUAUUAAAUCUGUUGGAGGAAUUAUCAGUAAUAAUAAUUGUGAUUAUGCAAUAGUUCCAAUUAUUUACAAUUCAAAAGAGUUUUCAGCAACAAAAAUUGUAAACGAACUAUGGCUUCAUGAAAAUAUCCAAACAGGCACUUUAAUUAGUGAUUUACAAUAUUAUCACCAACCAUUUACCGCACCUACAACAAGUUUUCUUUCUGGAUGUGUAAUUACACUAAGCGUUUAUGCAAAUUAUGAAAGAGAAUUCUUAAAAUCCCUUAUAGUAGGCUUUGGUGGAAUAUUCCAAGAACAAUUUACCAGAAAAACCAACGAAGCCAAAAACCUCAUUGCAUCAACUCACCUAAUAAUCCCUGAAGCGAGUGGAAAAAAAUACGAAGCGGCCUUAAAAUGGAACUUACCUGUCAUAACCAAAGACUGGCUAUUAGCUUGCGUUAAAGCAAACAAAAAAUUACCCUACAAAAAUUACUCUCUUGAUGAUGAUACUUUGACGUCAGAACAUGAAAAUCCCAAAACCCCAACUUCAAAUUUCAAGCCUUCCAGUCAAGUUACUCCAAUAAACAAAAUACUACAAGAUGCAAUUAAUUGUAAAGUAUUGCCGACGCCGCCUAGUCCGAAACAAUAUUUUCCGUGGGAUCCGAAAACGCCCGAUACGCCGCUGGGUUGGUUUAUCAGGCCGAAUCCGUCGCCGGCAUUAAGGAAAGAGAUGCAGAAAUAUGUGAAUUCGUUUCCGGAUUUUGUGCCGCCCAAACGACGGGAUAGUACGCCGCUGAGUGAGCUCAAGAAAAGGCUGCUGGAUAAAGCUUCACUUGAAACUAAUAUCAAUUUCUUGUUAGGUCGUGGCGAAUAUAGUGAAACUUCCAAGACCAAUGACGAAAUCGAAGCCCAAAAACUUCUUCCCCAAAGACUAUCAUUCGAAGACAACAACAAACCUACCGAAGACAACACAUCCCUGCACCAAAAACUGCAAAAUUUACAAAAAAUGGUUCAGGGCAGCGCCAAUAACACCCCUCGAAGAUCCACAUGGAUUGAGGCCUCUUCAUCAGAACCUUUGGGAAACGAAAACAUUCAAUCCCAAGUGUGCACAGUAAAUUGGGAUUAUGAAGAAGAAAAAAUACAAAACCCAUCCAAGAAAUUUUUUCUAUUAUCAGGAAUAAACCAGACAGAAAAAUUAACUGGAUGGAUAAAAUCAUUAGGUGCUCAAUAUUCGAAUGCCAGAGAACACAUCUCAACUGCAACCCAUUUAAUUUGCCUCAAACCUGGAAGAAACGAAAAAACCCUUUGCUUUAUGGCCGCAGGCAAGUGGAUCUUGCACAUGUCUUAUUUAGAAAAAUCAGCAGAAGCUGGACAUUUUCUUGAUGAAGAAGAGUUCGAAUUUGGGAAUCCCAAAGCCAAGAAAAAUGGCAUUUACGAGGAAAAAGACAAUUGUAUUUUCUAUUGGCGCAAGGAAAUUAAAACCAGAGGUUAUGGGGCUUUUAACGACAUGCGGGCAAUUAUAAUUGCGGAAAAAAAAGAAUUAUUGGCAAAUGUUGUGCAAUCUGGAGGAGGCGCUGUUGUUAAUGUUGAGCCUCCUUUUAAUGAUUCCAUUCAUGCAACUCAUUGUCUUAUGGAGAUUAAAUCGGUUGAUGAUUUUUCUCAAUUUGUACCUUUGGUUAAACAAGGGAUUAAAUGUGUGAACACUAUUUAUGUAAAUGAUUUUUUGUGGAAGAAGUUCCAGAACGAUCUCGAUUGUAUUGUACCGUAUUUUGCGAAGUAUUAUAAGUAA